CUUUCCUUUUCUUUUUUCACUAUGUCUAUGAGUAGUACUAGAGUACAAAUUUAGAUGUCAAAGGUAUUUUAUGAGCUUUUCUAGAUCAUUAAUGUUUGUGACAUUACCAAUUAAAAUUUUGAAUCUGAUUGCGACCAUAUUAGAAAAAGUAUCCGACUUUUUCCCUCAAUGUCGAAAGCCUUAAUAUAGUUUUGUAGUCGUUGGAAGCCUUUUCAGGUUCACUCAAUGUUGAAAGAGAGGUUGGGAACUCGGCAGGAUAAAAAUCUCCAGUCGUUACAGAACCCUUUGAGUACUCAUGAGGACAUAUAUAUGUAGAACACCACGUUUGACUACAAGUUCAGGUUUGGCAUAAUUUCUAUUAAUAUGGCAGUUCCAUUGACACCUUCCAAGAGAUCCUAUGAUCGAACCUCUGCUGCAUGAAAUGGUUUUGAGUUACAUUGUGGAACUCGCUAAUCAAUCAUGUGGUGGUGUAUAUGGGCAACUAUUACUCACGAGCUGUUUUGGGUUGAGCUUAAGAAAGCUGCAGAGAAUGUGGCUCAACAUCACAAAGAACAGCCUAUGAUUUUCGUCCAUAACGACAACACCUUUGAUGGAAGUGGCAUUAAGACACUAUUAUCUAACAUGUUCGAAUUAGCCAAGAUAAGUAAUGUGGCCUUUAAUUCUUCUGUUGAUAGUUACCUUGAGGGUGUCACUCUUAAGUAAAUCACCAGCUACUUAUGAGUGUUGGUUUUCUUCUCACAUUAUCAUGUUUCUCAAUUUUUCCUAAAAUUGGGACUAAUAAAAACUUUUAUUUUAGGUUUGCUCAAUAUGAUUAUUACUGACUAACUAUGGCUAUCAUUACCAUGUAUUUUCCAAUUCAGGUACUACAUGUUGCUUUCAAAUAUGCACUAAAUAAUGCAGUGGGAAAAUGUCAAAGUAAUAUAUGGGUGGCACUUUGCAAUGGCCCCAUCAACAAAGUUACCUCCAUUAGGUAUCAAAUGCCUCUUGCUCUUGUUGGGCUGAUAUCAUGUUUGGCGCUUUGGGAUCUGUUCAGAUUUUGGGGUGAUCGAUGGGGAUUAGAUCGAUACCCUCUAUUUCGACUAAGCUUGGUUCGAGUUGCUCAAUGUGCAACUGCCGUUAUCUUAUUCUUCUCCAAUGUUCAAAUGACUCUCUCAUGCGCUCUUGGGGUUAGUUAUGCAGUUUUGAUUUUGCAUGCCUCUUUCCGGAAGCUGACUCCCACCAAGCGAGCUACUGAAGGAGGGAGGUCAAAAUAGAAGGAUCAACAGAAAGAUAUGGUGAUUUUCGGUGGAAGGCCGUUUCUAGGUGUCGUAGCUUGGGCUAAACAGUUUGCUGUAUAGUAUACCAUGUUGCUGAUCUUGAAGAUAUGAACAGAAGAAUUCCAAUUAGUUAUAAGUGUGCUUCGAAUUGUUGUUGUUUUCCAAUUUCACGUGCUUAUGUGAAAUGAGAGAUGUAGCGACUAGUUUUGCUUUUUGUUAUGCUUCUCAAAACUUGCAAGCCUGGUAGGGUUCAGUUGGGUGAAUUUUUGGCAGUGGCUAAUCAUCUUUCAGCAAAUAAUUUCUUCCAGGAAAAAAACUAAAAAUUUUCAAGCUUGGAUGAUACUCUUUUUCGAGUUUGGGAGACAUAAAUUUUUGGUUUUGUU